AUGAAGAUAUUAUCAUACCUAGUAGUGGAGAUAAUAGUAUUAAAUUUUGUAUGAAUUAGAAAGAAUGGAUAUGUUCAUAAACUAUCACAGCUCAUACAGGUUCUGUAUAUGGAUUGAGUAUGAAUGAUACAUAGAAUAGAGUGAUUUCUUGUGGAUUAGAUUAGUUAAUAUUUACUCAUAAUAAGAUUAAAAAUGGAAUAUAAUAUAAAAGAUAAAUGUUGAUAGUAUUGUUGUAGAAUAUGUUUUACAAUGAUAAAAUAUUUACAUUUUAACCUAUUUCUAAAGAAUAGAUGCAAGUUUAUAAAAUGGGUAUUAUUUAUAAAUAGUUUUCAAAGGUAAAAGGUUUUAUUGUUAGAUCAGGAUCUACAAGUGAUUGUUACUUAUUUCCUUCAUAAUAUAUAAAGUAAAAAUGUAUGGUUGUGAAUAAGAAGGGCUAUAAUGUUAAUUUGAUAAGGAAGUAGGAAAAUGAAGAUUUUAUAAUUGAAUAAUCUAUCGAUUUCGAAACAUUUAAUUUAUUUGGAUCAAUUAGUGAAGAUGGAGAAUAUUUGGUUACAUGGGAUGAUAAAUAAAAAGAAAUUUAAAUUAGAAAAUAUUAAGAAAAAUGA